AUGUUCCCUACACCACAGUUACAAGUGCUGAGCGGAGCGCACAACCCGACCGAAAUUCUUCGAGUGUUCACGUCGUCGCUCAUCAAAGGCUACAUGGGCGACGGCUUGAUCAAGGACAGUCCGUUGGUGCAGGACGUACUGGGAGGUGACACCACGCCCCGUGACAACGUCCUAUACCUCGAGACUGCUGAGCAGACUUCCACUGAGGGUUGCUCCGCGUUGCCACUUUUCAACUCGGCGAUGUACGGGUACGACUUCCUGAACCCUGCGUACCUGGACAUGGUCUCCGACACCAAGUACACUAUCACCGCCCUCGAGGAGUUCGAGCUCGUGGUCACUAUCGUCGACUGUUCCUUCAGCCAGAUCAAGUCAGGCGAUACGUCUCAAGCCCGAGUCUACAACUUCGUACGCUCGCGUUUCGACUCGACCGACCUGCACUUGAUCACAGUGUCGCUCUCAGUGCAAGAGUACGAAGUACGCGCGCACAAUAAGCAGGGUCCCGCGUUGCUGGGCAUGCUCACCGUCAUCGACGACAUGCAAGACACCAACGUGACGCAGUACUACAUGGCAGCGCUCACGUACCCGUACCAGCGGACCGCAAACUUCGAGAUGUACGAACUUGUGGGCGUCACGGAUGAGAGCUACUUGUCUCUAACGAGCAUUCCCCAGAACCCCGAGACGGAGCCGGUCAAGCACCUGCUGACAGCUCGGAAGCGCGGGUUCUACAACGGCGACACGCAGUGCAAUGUUCGCACGAUGUACUCGCUACUUGACGGGGUAAGUGCCACCAAGGCUUUGACUCGCUGGGAAUGGAUCGGAGAAGCCGUCAUGGUCGACUCCUGGACCUGGGUGCACUGUUUUCACUUCUUUUUCGGACUGCAGAUGACCUACUCGUUGGUGGUCUUGUUCCUCGUAAUGUACCAGAAGAUUCGGUCGGGCAAGAUCUGGAUCGGGGACCCAUUCGCCUACACCUCAACGACGACUCUCGUCAUGCGCGGCAUUUUGGUGUUCUUCUCUUGGAUUAUCGACUCCUUCUGGCCCGUCAACGAGUUCGCCAUGUCGAGGGCUGCAACGCUUGCCAGCGCUCAAACGAUCUGCGUCCACCCGGAAAUGAUGCACGCAGACCUGCUGGUUGUGUACUUUUGCUUGGCGAGUUUUCUGAGCUCCGUGUUCCAAGAGCGAAUCGACCUGUCAGGGGCCAUCUUUUUGUUCGAAGUCGUGUACGAGCACCGGCAGGCGCUGAUCCAGGCUUCUUCAGCCGUGGUCAACGAAAUCACAACCACCUUCAGUGUCCAGUACAAAGUCGGCAUCGCAAAGCCAAUUCCAGUCAUUACCGACAUGUCCCCACUGCGGCUGUGGUCGUCGUUCGAGUUCCCCGAAAAGGACGCCAAGUUCCUCGCCGCGUCCUUCACGCCCAUGCUCUUCCUCAUGUGCUCCAUCACAGUGUUUGCGAUCCUACGCAAGAUUUACCGCUUCUUCCGGCCGGAUCAAGUUCGACAGAGAUCGAGUAUUGGCACGGACACGUCCGCAAACUCAUCGGCAAACGAGCGCAGUGCCAUGACCCAGAGGGGAAUCGUCACCAACUUCGAGAUCUCGACUGGAUCCAUGCUGCAGACGCGCUUCGGACUCAUCUCCGACUACAGCAACUACGUCUUCUUCAAAGGAAUGAAGUUCGCGUCGGCGGACGGGGUCUAUUGCUCUGGAUAUGUGAUCGUGAACGAGAAGUAUCUGGUGAGCUCGAAAGACUUGUGGGCUAUUGUGAUGAUCAAGUUGCUGCGUACCCGAUUUAAGAAUGUCCACGUGUAUGAGGUACACGGCCACACGGUGAAGGAUACGGCGAGGUUGGUGUUCCCUUCGACGUUCUAG